AUGGCGACCUCAGAUAUCCAAAACACCGCUCUGCCCCCCACAUCUGCUUCGACGCCGCAGACCUCAGCCGCACCGCCCUCCCCCCCACACUCUUCAGGGCGCGAGACGCUCCCCAAACCUUCGAUAGAUGCACUGGACAACUCGACGCCGCCUUUCUCGCCAGCGAGCGACACGCCAGUACUACAGAAGGAGCAGGAUGAGUUCGAGGGCACAGUCAACGUCAACAACGACCUACCAACCGAGAAAGACCUAAAGAAGGUGAAGGACCUGCUUAUUCUGGACGCGCAAGGGAAGAGCCGGCCGUUCAAGGAGCUCUACGAUGCAUCAGGUGUCGCGCCUCGGCAGCUGAUCAUCUUCAUCAGGCACUUCUUCUGCGGAGCAACUAACUGCCAGGAAUACCUCCGCACACUCUCCUCCUCCGUGACGCCCGAAGACCUCCUCGCUCUCUCCACACCAACCUCCAUAACCGUGAUUGGCUGCGGCCGCCCCGAGCUGAUACCCAUGUACACAGAAGCAACCGGCUGCCCCUUCCCCAUCUACGCCGAACCCACACGCAAAAUAUACGACUACCUAGGCAUGACACGCACAUACGAUCUCGGCAAAAAACCCGGAUACAUGCAGACAAACGUCCUUAUCAACAGCGUCCAGUCGAUAUUCCAGGGCCUAUCGACCGGUCGUAAGGCACUGAAGGGCGGAGAUUUCAAGCAAGUCGGCGGCGAGUUCCUGUUCGAGGACGGCGAGUGCACAUGGGUACAUAGGAUGAAGACAACACGAGGUCACGCUGAGGUGUCAGAAAUAAGGUCUUUACUGGGUCUUGAUGAUAGGAGACCACCAAUGAGGAAAAGGUGGAGUCACAGUAUUAAGCAGGGGAAGCAGCAGAAUAGGCGGAGUAUGAGUUGGGGGAGAUUACGGAGUAAGAGCAAGGGUGCGAAGGAUCUAGAGAAGAGUGGGAGUAUGACGCCGGAGAGGGUUGAUGAGGAGGAUCCGAAUAAGCUGAUUGGGAGAACGACGGCUUAG